UCAUCCAAUCCAUUUAUAUGCCGUACUGAUAUGCAACCAUAGCUCUCUCCUUGCAUUUGCUAUUUCCACACCUCCCCCUCUAACCUGUUUCAUAUACAUGCAUCCCAUUCCCAGCUGCUUCACCAUCUCCAUCGCUCCUUAUUAAUUUCUCUUCCAAACAAUCAAAAUCAUGCGCUUCCUCGGUUUCCUUAUCCUUUUCCUGCUCCUCCACUUUCCUCGCGCUAAUCAUGGUCUCACCGGGACGUUUGGAGUGAACUACGGCAGGAUCGCCGACAAUCUCCCUAAGCCAGGAAACGUGGCCUUGCUCCUCAGAGCCAACAAGAUCAAGAACAUAAGAAUUUACGACGCCGAUCAUGAAGUUCUCAAGGCCUUCCAUGGCUCCGGCAUCGAAAUCAUUGUCGGCCUCGGCAACGAGUUCUUGAAGGACUUCGCCGUCAGCCAGGACCGCACUAUGUCCUGGGUCAAGGAUAACGUCCAGGCCUUCCUACCCGGAACUAAAAUCCGAGGAAUCGCCGUCGGCAACGAGGUCUUGGGCAAUCCGGACAUCCAGGAGCUCGGGGAGGUCCUCUUGCCGGCCGCCAAGAACGUGUACAACGCCCUCGACAGCCUAGGCCUGGCCCGCACCAUCGAGGUCUCGUCGCCGCACUCGGAGGCCGUCUUCGCCAACUCCUAUCCGCCGUCGGCGUGUGUUUUCAAGGAUACCGUUCUCCCCAUCAUGAAGCCGCUUCUGCAAUUCUUCUCCCAGAUCGGCUCCCCAUUCUACAUCAACGCGUACCCUUUCCUCGCCUACAAGAGCGACCCGGAGCACAUCGACCUCAACUACGCACUCUUCAAGUCGAACGCCGGCGUGUUCGACGCCAAGACGAGGCUGCACUACGACAACAUGUUCGACGCAAUGGUCGACGCCGCUUACGCGGCGCUGGAGAAGGCUGGGUUUGCUAAGACGGAGGUCAUCGUGUCGGAGACCGGAUGGGCGUCUCGCGGCGAUGAGAACGAGGCCGGCGCCAAUUUGAAGAACGCCAGGAUUUACAACCGAAACCUCCGCAAGCGGCUGGCGAGCAAGAAAGGGACGCCGUUUCGGCCGAAGAAGAGGGUGAAGGCUUACGUCUUCGCCUUGUUUAACGAGAAUCAGAAGCCGGGGCCGACAUCGGAGAGGAACUUCGGGCUAUUUAAGCCGGACGGCAGCGUCACUUACCACAUUGGGUUUCAGGGAAUGGUUUCUUCUUCUCCAGCAACAUUGUCCUGUCUUCUCACCUUCAAGUUGCAGGCGUUCAUGGCUUCAAUCACAAUACUGAUGCUGAUUUUGAGGUGGUGAUGACUAAUCGGUUGGGAGGCGUCGAUCUCUAAUUUCCUCGUACCAUUCAGUGUUCCUUCUCAUUCGCCCAUUAAUAUUAAUUGUAUAUUCCUGAUCUGCAGAUGCAAACUGCUCAUCUCUUUUUCGAUUUGAUUGAGCAAAUUAGUUAUGGGAUCGAUGAUCAAUAACUGUUUUCUUCAUUAAUGAUUAUAUAUGUCAAUUAUCAAAAGACUUGUAUAUAUAAGCAUCAGGCU